AUGAAUCCCCUUCUUCAGAAGAACAAGAUUGACGUCAAGUCGCUCUCCCCGGAGGAGCAGCGCCUCUUCCGACUGUACGGCAAGCUCCCCUCGCGGUCCGACCACUUCGCCAAGCACCUCAAGGAGCGCAAGUACUUUGACUCGGGCGACUACGCCAUGUCCAAGGCCGGCAAGGGCGACAGCGUCGACGCCGGCGCCGUCGGCUCCGAGCACCCCGUCCCCGAAAACAUCCCCCACCUCUCGUCGCCCGUCAGCACCGGCACCAACGGCGGCGCUAGCGCCAUCCCCAAGCACCUCGGCAUCGGCGGCGCCAGCGCUCCCCCCGGCACCGCCGCCGCCGCCGGCAUCAGCACCGUCGGGAGCUUCCACGCCGGCAGCCCCGUCAAGGAGAGCAGCUUCCUCCACCGCGAGACGUCGGCGAACGAGACCGAGGACGCCGAGCAGACACCCGCCGCACAGGACAAGACGGCGGAGGCCGUCGCGGCUGGGGGUGCUGGCAUCCCCAUCCGCAGAUAG